AUGGCGACAAAAAGGACAAAAGUUCGAGCCGACGGUGACGCCGUCCUGGGUCGGACGGAAGCAACGCAGUGCCGCUUCCGUAUCCUCAAGGUUGAGCGUGUCAAGGACUACCUCCUCAUGGAGGAGGAGUCCGCCGCCAACCAAGAGAGCCUCCGUCCCCUGGAGGAGAAGAACGAGGAGGACCGCUCCAAGUUCGAUGAUCUCCGGGAGUUGUCGAUGAGCGUCGGAAACUUGGAGGAGCUCAUCGACGAGAGCCAUGCCAUUGUUUCGUCAUCGGUCGGAACGGAGUACUACAUUAGGAUCCUGUCUUUUGUUGAUAAGGAUCAACUAGAACUAGAAUUUGCCAUUCUUAUGCACAAUAAGGUCAGUUUUGCUGGUUUAAUGAUUUUGGUUUGGUCGCAUGAUCUCGGAUUGGUGAAGAUUUUUAGUGUUUAG